CGAUAGACUGCCGCUCUCCCGUUUGUGAGAGCAGAGUAGUCAUCGUAGCUAUCGUUCGCUGUUCGCGGCGUUGACAUAGUCUAUCACUUGUCUCCUUGUCUGACUGUCCAACCGUACGACAGCACGCCCCGAUGGGCGCAUGCGGGAUUUUACGCGUGGAAGUCACGUUUUGACGCUCCUAGGCCACGAGUAAGUCCUCCAUUCGCUUCUUUGGCUGCGCAUGGGGUCUGUCGCGAGCGGUUUUCCCGCGAAGAGUCGAAAAAGGAACUGCGCUGCUUCGUCUGGAAGGAGUGCGCAGCAACGGAAUCUCCCGCCUUCUUCCGCAAAAGGGUAGCGAAAUAGAGAAGGACGCCGUACCUCGCCGUCCGAUCGCGCUAGUGGUCGUGGGUGCUGUUUUUUUCUUGGCUCUACUGAGCUGCUGCAAGUCGGACCGUUGUCGAUGAUGUCAUUGAAGUUGGACAUGGUGUAGCACAUGUGGAGAGGAACAAAAGGAGGGAGGUGUAGGUGGUGUGACUCAGUCUUUUCCAUUUUGACAAAUUUCCCUCACAUAUUGUGUCUUUCUGUAGUGAAUCGCCAUCUGCUGAAGUGUUUUUGGUGCCUUUCCCGCCUUAAUUGCCUGCCCGUCGUUCUUCUCGUCGAUUCGUAUCAGUGUUGUCUUAACUCAUGACGGUCGCUAUUUCGUUCCCCGUCCCCUUUUGGGCGCUUGUCGGUUCUGUUUUUCUCCACAUUCCCUUUCUUUCCCUUUCUCUUUCCUUCUUUCGAUCGUCCAUUUUUGGGCUCUUGUCCGUAUUGAUCUUUUUCAAUCAUCUGGCCGGUUCUCAUUACUAAUAUCCACACAGCUGAAACGGACGCAAGUUUAUUAAGCGAUGUUUCUACAAGAGGUUGUAUGAGAGUUAAGAGGCUGCACAGUCUGAGUCAAUUACGGGUAGGAGGAAGGAGGAAAGAGAGAGAAACAGGAACCCGCUGUGGCAUAUGACGUGGGGAAUGCUGCUUGUGUAGCAGCUCUCUACAGGUAGUCGUUAUCUCGGUCGCAGCUGAGCUCGUUCUGCGGAGAACGCAACAAACAGACUGCCAGUACACCACAGUCCGCCUGUCUCUUCGGUUUUCCUUUCUUUGGUCUGUCCGAGCAGUUUUCUUGUCCCUCGAAUUCUCUCUCUCGCCUCUUUCCCCGAGUGCCUUAUGUUGUGUAUUUACGGGUCCUCAUUCUUUGGCGGACGUCGUCGGUGCGCAGUGGGAGGACGUUCGGUCGUGGGUAUUCAGGGUGGGCAUCUCGCAUGUUCAAUCCGGUCCGCAAAGGCGCGAGGUGACCUUCUUACUCAGUCAGUUUUGCGAACGUUUUGGUUUCGUUUUGGAGGCGACGGGAGAAGUGGAAUAGUCGCAGUACCUGAAGUGAGGGAGGGGGAGGAGCUGGCAGGGAGCUUCUGAACGAGAGGGAGGGCUGAGAACAAGCGGUUGAGGGAGGGAGGGGGAAGGAGAAGGUAGCUCCUGCACGAGAGGGAGGGCUGGGAACAAGCGGUUUUGCGGACAAGUCUGGCAUGCUCGUCUUCGGAUCCGAUGGACGCGAUCGGUAGCGAAGUGGCGGUGUUGCGAGAAGAGACAUGUCGAAGUUGUGUCCACUGUGGAGUGACGCAUUGUCGUCAAACGGAGCCGGAUUGUACGUGUUCGAGUCCUUUAUGGAAGUCGGAGCAUCGAGGGCUAGACAAGGCAGGAGUGGAGGAGGACGGAGAGGACGUGGAGGCGCGCGUAUCCGGCGAGUGUCAAAAGCUUGUACGGAGUAAGGAGAGUGAGGCGCAGGGCGGCGGGAGUGGUAGUGUUUGUGAGAGGGGUGAAGAAGCAGGGCAGGAGCAGGCGGCGGAUCCCGAAGAUCAGCAGCGUAGGCGGCAACAAGAGCAAGGGUUUCAUUCCGUUGUGAUGAAUGGCUAUGGCAGUGCGGAGCUAGGGAGCGCAGGGGAGGGAGAGGACGACGAAGAGGACGUCGACGAUGACGAAGAGGAAGAAACUAUUCAUCUUGUGCAUAACGGGAGUGGUGGCAGUGUUUUCACGCCGCGCUUUCGCCGACGAGCGGAAGAAGCGGGAUGGGAUGAGAACGCCUUGUUAAUGGGUAUGGGAGCGCUGGACGAGAUGACAGAAGCGGGAGUGGGAGGAGGGCCGUUGUUUCCGGAGGAGGUAACAGUAGCGGCGGUAGGAACGACAGCAAGAAGUGAAGUAGUGGGUGAGGGAGGGUGGAGGAGAAGGGAGGAAGCGGUUCCUUCGGCGGCAAUUGCACGAGAGAGCACCUUGUCGCCUGGCCGUAAUCACGGAGCGGAUGAGGUGGUUAUCGACAAUGAUGAAGGCGUCGAAGAAGACCAUGGAAAUCAUGCUGUUUCGGUGGUUAUGGACGGAGCUGUGACGUCUAGGCAAUCUCCUCGUGAAAUGGCACGUGGUGCUGAGGAUGCCUCAGCCGGGAAUGGAGUAGCGGCGAGCGAACGAGACCGGGAAAGGAAGAGGGAGGUGCGAACACCUGGGCUUGCUCGGACACCCGUAAGCGCCGAGAGAAGGUAUCGCAGGAUGCGGCAUACGGCUGACGAAGUCAAUGAAAAUGAGGGAAUGCAAUCAACAAGCAGUGAAGCGUUGCGAAGGAUUCGCGAAGGAGGUGACGUAGAAGCUUGCUUGGAGAGGAGCAGGAGAGAAUUUGGGAGAAGAUUAGAAGCGAUCCAAGCCAGUCGGCGAAUAGUGUUGGAGAGGGCAGAAGAGAGGACUGGCGUCAGCACUAGCAGCGCAGUUGUGGGACCCUCCGAUCCGUGUGAAUUCCAAGGGUCCUCGGCAAGAGCAGGGGAGGGGGGAACCUCACCGAGAUCAGGGGAGGGGGGAAAGGAUCAGGAGAAGGAGCGGGCCCCCAGUGAGAAGGACAGGAAACAAGGAGUGGCAAGCAGAAUUGCGCAAUCGAAUGGACGGCCUCUUGAGCUCCCCUGCCUCGAGCAGCUCCGCCAGGAACUAUCAUGCGCGGUCUGUCUGGAAAUAUGUGUGGAGCCAUCUACCACUACUUGUGGCCACAGCUUCUGUUCUUCAUGUCUACGGUCAUCGAUACAGCGAUGUGGACCGAAGUGUCCAAAGUGCCGACAUCCACUAGGAGCGGAUGCAGCGUUGCAUUGCCCUGUGAACACUGUCCUGUGGAACACGAUCCAGCUUCUCUUCCCGGAAGUUAGUGCAGCCAUGUCACCAAGGAAAUGCUCGACCAGUGCCAUGAGCCCGGGUAAUCAACUUUCUUCCUUGGUUAUCCCAGGUCCGCAUCCUCUGAUGCACAUGCUCCCGACGAAUGCGAGGACACGCCACCAUACGAGAGGUCUUGCUCGAAUCGCUGCCCACCUGGUGACAGGCGAGGGCCAUGCAGUGCACAGUCACUUCGUCCACAACACUCCUCGGUUGAGAAGCGCGGCGAGAGUGCCCUCCAACAAUCCGUUUCGGGAACCGAGGUCGGCGACGAGCAUGUCGAUGCCCUCGACACUGGUAACUAGUGAUUCGCAUAGGCCGGCGAUGCACUCGGUUAGCCUUCGGAGGGGAGGCUCGAACAUCGGCCCGAUCCCGUCCUCAGUUGCAAAUACACGAGUCGUUCCAGACCGUAACAUCGAGGAAGAUGAUGAAAGUGAAAACGACGACAUGGACCUUUUCUCCGGGGCAGCAGCACGCCUUACCGAGUCGAACGCCGAAGGCCAUAAUCCUGUGCGGGCACGCUUUCAAGCGUACAUGCGUACUAGGCGCAACGACCGCGAUGAUCGGACGGACAGACAUGAACAGUUGGAGCGACUUGAUGCCCUUCUCCUUGGGACACGUCUACAGAGGCCAGAUAUGUCUAGGGAUGACGACUCGCCUCCGUCGCCGUCACUCUCUUCUCCAUCCUCGCUUCCUCAAGUGCUUAUCACCAGUGCGUCAGCAGCUGCGGCGAGCAACCAACUAGCCUCCGUCAGAUCGGAUACAACCAGGUCUGGCGUCUCAAGGUCUGCAACAAGUUCGAGAUCAGCAGUCGGCCAGACACCUCAACUGAGGCAUGGCCGUCACCCAUGAAUGGUUAGUCGUGAAAUGACGACUGGUGGUCGAUGCAGGUAGAGGAUGUAGGGGCCAUGCGAGUGUGACGGAGUUGGUUUGUCAUGCUGAUGUAGGGCACUACUUUGCCGGAUACGCAUAAUAAUUUGGCCAAGUCCACCUGGAGGCGGGAUGAGCAGUGCCCUCCAUGGACCAUGCUAAACAGCAUGGAUAUGGUCUUAGCUGUCAUGGUAUCUGGCCAUUUGUGGUGUGUUGAUGUGCGUCGCGAAGGUAACACAUGGUUACGGGUAGGUCUUAACUGUCAUCGUGGGUGAUCUCCCCACUGCUGCUGAUGAAAAGCUCUCACAUUUGUAUAUAGUAUAUACUGAUAUCAUUCUUCGACCUUCGUUUUCGUUUUCUAUUUCCUUUCUCUUUUUCUAUUCCCUGUAGCUGUGCUGUCUUCCAUGCACAGAGGACCGCCGAUCUUCGGGGCGACUCAGCAGUCUAUGGGAUGAUGAAAAUGCCAUGGUGAUGGCAGUGCACUUCAUCGCUUGCUUUGUUAGACACAUUCCCAUGUGUUCGCAAGAGGCUGAGCUAACCAACUGAUGGAGGACUUGUGAGUUCUAUGCUUUCGUUUCAGACUCUUCUGCUCGUUACUUCUCUUUUUCUUUUUUUUUCUUUUUUUUUGUGUCAGUUGCUGUGCUCGCUCAACAAGGCCACUGAACCUGGUCAACCUGGUGAGUGCACCUACCACCAGUCCAGACAUUGUAUACAACGAGGUGCGUUUGGACUGUGAAUGUGUGAAGCUGGCUAUCUCCUCAGUCAGAGAGAGUUCGGUAUAUCCACCACUAGUUUUCUUAGUGUCUGGUAUCUUGAGCACACAAAUUGCUGAGACGAGCAAGCAGGUGUGUGUGUGUGUGUGUGUGUGUGUGUGUGUGUGUGAGCGCGCGCGCGCGAGAGAGAGAGAGAGAGAGAGAGAGAGAGAGAGAGAGAGAGAGAGAGAGAGAGAGAGAGAGUCCUGACAUUGCAAAUUACAGACUGACUCUCUGGAACACGGCCGCAUGAGCUGGUUGUAACUGCAUGUUAGGGGAAUUUCAGUAGGGCUUUAUAGAGGCAUGUACUGGGAGGAUGGUUUCAUUGUGUCUUCUAAUCGGAAGUGAUUAGAGAAGAAAGCAGGUAGAUGUUCGUAGUGACAUGUGCAUGGCUGCGCUUGCAGAGGUUGCUUGUCUGUGAUUUGUAUAUGGGAUUUGGUAGACGUUUCGGGCAGGAGGACAAGGCUGCCUUAGUGCCUUAGCUUCUGUCAUCUCUGCUAUCGAGUGCAUGUGUCAGUUCUUCAACAUUAUUUCCCUGUUAUGGAGGAGGUUUCCUGUGAUGGAAGCGCAGGUGUUAGGCCUCCGACGUCGUUUCUCCUGUGAUUGGAGUUGUGCAGGGCUAUUUCCCAAUUCGUAUUUGCGUGGUUUUCUGGGUCGAUUUCUGAAUUUAUUUUCUGCGUGAUUCAAGUUUCUCUUGACGAAUAACUUAAAAAAUGAUGUAUUCCGUUCUGUUUUUCCUUUGGGUCCGGACUUACCCCCCCCAACUGCGUGGUAAUGAAGAUGCCGUGUGCCUGUGAUGGGGAGUAAAGGGCCGCUUUUCACUCAUUUGUCUGGCUCAGGCGGCGAUGUCACGAAAUGAAUGCAAUGUUCUGUCUACUUCGUGCAUCUGUCUUGAUGUGUGUGUCCCAACUUCCACCAGACUAGGUCCAGGUGCGUAGCAUUUAGACAUGUCAGGAAAAGGCAGUUUUUGAACGAGAGUACUGAGUUCUCGGUUCUAUCUUUCAGAUUCUUUCCUAUUGGGAGCACGAUAAACCCGAGCAAUACAGUGCCUUAUUGCGAUUGCACCCUGUCCAGACUUUGAAUCAGCUUAAGAAAUGAAGGAAGCAUUCGAGU